CCUGACGGCGGAGGAGAUGGACGAGCAGAGGCGGCAGAACGUGGCCUACCAGUACUUGUGCCGACUGGAGGAAGCCAAGCGCUGGAUGGAGGCCUGCCUGAAGGAGGAGCUCCCGCCCCCGGUGGAGCUGGAGGAGAGCCUCAGGAACGGAGUGCUGCUGGCCAAGCUGGGCCACUGCUUCGCACCGUCCGUGGUUCCCUUGAAGAAGAUUUACGACUCGGAGCAGCUGCGCUACCAGGCAACUGGCUUGCAUUUCCGUCACACGGACAACAUCAACUUUUGGCUCUCUGCAAUAGCCCACAUCGGUCUGCCUUCGACCUUUUUCCCAGAGACCACAGACAUCUAUGACAAGAAGAACAUGCCCCGGGUGAUCUACUGUAUCCACGCACUCAGUCUCUUCCUCUUCCGGCUGGGCUUGGCCCCGCAGAUCCACGAUCUCUAUGGGAAAGUCAAGUUCUCAGCUGAGGAGCUCAGCAACAUGGCCUCGGAGCUGGCCAAAUACGGCCUCCAGCUGCCCGCCUUCAGCAAGAUUGGUGGCAUCCUGGCCAAUGAGCUCUCGGUGGACGAGGCUGCAGUCCAUGCCGCUGUUCUUGCUAUCAACGAGGCCGUGGAGCGAGGAGUGGCAGAGGACACACUGGCCGCCUUGCAGAACCCGAACGCUCUGCUGGAGAAUCUGCGAGUGCCGCUGGCCGCCAUCUACCAGGAGCUGCUGGCCCAGGCCAAGAUGGAGAAAGCUGCCAACGCCCGGAACCGCGGUGCCGGAGACAGCUCCGACAUCUAUGACUGCUACCUGACACAGGCGGAAAUCCAGGGCAACAUCAAUCAGGUCAAUGUUCAUGGGGCCCUGGAAGCCGUGGAUGAAGCCCUGGAGCAACAGAGCGCUGAGGCCUUGCUUGAGGCCCUUCGGGACCCCGCCCUGGCCCUGCAGGCCGUGAGGCGGGACUCGGCCGCCUGGUACCUGCAGCAGCUGAGUGCAGACAGAGAGCAGAAGGCGCAGGAGCUGGGCCUCAUGGAGCUUCUGGAAAAGGAGGAGGUGCAAGCGGGCGUGGCCGCCGCCAACAGCAGGGCCGACCAGGACCGUGCGAUGCUGCAGGCCGUGCAGAGGAUCAACAGGGCAAUCCACAGGGGAGUGGCCGCCGACACUGUGCAGGAGCUGAUGUGCCCUGACGCGCAGCUGCCCGCAGUGUACCCCUUUGCCUCUGCUCUGUACCAGCAGGAGCUGGCAGUGCUCCAGCGCCAGCAGCAGGGGGCGCUGAGCCAGGAGGAACUCUUCGUGGCUGUGGAGAUGCUGUCAGCUGUGGUACUAAUCAACCAGGCGCUGGAGGCCAGGGACACCAGCGGCUUCUGGAGCACCCUGGUACACCCUGCCACGGGCCUGGCUGAGGUGGAAGGAGAGAAUGCUCAGCGUUACUUCUCUGCGCUGAGGCAGCUGCGGGAGGAGCGCGGGGACAUGCUGAGCUGGAACGACCUGCAGGCCGCCGUGAGCCGCGUCAACGCCCGCGUGCAGGAGGAGACCGACCAGGUCCUGGCGGUCAGCCUCAUCAACGAGGCCCUGGAGCAGGGUGACCCCAACAAGACCUUCUCCGCCCUGUUGCUCCCUGCGGCCGGCCUGGACCAGCUCAGCCUCCCCGUGGCGCCCCGCUACCACCACCUGCUCACUGCAGCCAAGAGGCGGAAGGCUCGGGAGACAGGGGACCCUGGAGCUGUGCUGUGGCUGAACGAGAUCCGCCAGGAGGUGCUGAAAGCAAACGAGGACACGGACGCCGCUCAGAGGAUGGCUCUAGGGGUGGCUGCUAUCAACCAGGCCAUCAAGGAGGGCAGGGCGGCCCAGACGGAGCGGGUGCUGCGGAACCCUGCCGUGGCCCUGCGAGGGGUGCUCCCCGACUGUGCCCAUGGCUACCAGCGAGCCCUGGAAGGUGCCAUGGCAAAGAAGCACCGGCCAGGGGACGCGGCCCUCUGGGUUCCACACGACCUGCAGGACGGGACCACCUACUACCUCCACCUGCAGAGCUUCCAGGGCACCUGGGCACAGCCCCGCGGCUGUCGCCUCAGCACCUCCCACCUGACGCGGGAGGAGAUCCAGUUGGCUGUCACCAAGGUCACAGCUGCCCACGACCGGCGGCUGCUCUGGAAGGCCAGCGAGGGCUUCGUCAUCCGGCUCCAGGCCCGUCUCCGCGGCUUCCUGGCACGGCAGGCGUUCUCCGAGCGCGCCCACUUCCUGAGGACCCAGCUCCCCGCAGUCCUCACCAUCCAGGCUUGCUGGCGGGGCUACAGACAGAGGAAGAUCUACCGGGAGCGGCUGCGGUUCCUGAGGGCGAAUGUGGACGCUGUGAUCAAGAUCCAAGCAUGGACCCGCAUGUGGGCCGCUCGGAGGCGCUACCGGAGGCGUCUGGGCUACUUCCAGAAGAAUGUCAGCGCCGUGGUAAAGAUCCAGGCUUUCUUCCGAGCCAGGAGGGCCCGUGGCGACUACAGGACACUAGUGUGUGCAGCCCACCCCCCUCUCAGCGUGGUCCGGAGGUUCGCCCACCUUUUAAACCAAAGCCAUCAGGACUUCCUGGCUGAGGCGGAGCUGCUGAGGCUCCAGGAGCUCGUGGUGAGGAAGAUCCGGGCCAACCAGCAGCUGGAGCAGGACCUCAACCUCAUGGACAUCAAGAUCGGCCUGCUGGUCAAGAACCGGAUCACGCUGCAGGAGGUGGUCUCUCACUGCAAGAAGCUGACCAAGAAGAACAAGGAGCAGCUCUCGGACAUGAUGGUUCUGGACAAGAAGGGGCUAAAGUCACUGAGCAAAGAGAAGCGGCAGAAACUCGAAGCUUAUCAACACCUCUUCUACCUGCUGCAGACUCAGCCCAUCUACCUGGCCAGGCUCAUCUUCCAGAUGCCACAGAACAAAACCACCAAGUUCAUGGAGUCGGUGAUCUUCAGCCUGUACAAUUAUGCCUCCAACCGCCGUGAGGCCUAUCUCCUGCUCCAGCUCUUCAGGACAGCUCUCCGGGAGGAGAUCAAGUCAAAGGUGGAGCAGCCCCAGGACAUGGUGACCGGUAACCCUACGGUGGUGAGGCUGGUGGUGAGGUUCUACCGGAACGGGCGUGGCCAGAGCGCCCUGCGGGAGAUCCUGGGCAAGGUCAUCCAGGACGUGCUGGAGGACAAGAUGCUCAGCGUCCACACAGACCCCGUGCACCUCUACAAGAGCUGGGUCAACCAGACUGAGGCCCAGACGGGCCAGCGCAGCCACCUGCCCUAUGAUGUCACCCCAGAGCAGGCCUUGAGCCACCCUGAGGUCCAGAGGCGGCUGGACAUCUCCCUUCGGAAUCUCCUCACUGUGACUGAUAAGUUCCUCGUGGCCAUCUUGUCAUCCGUGGACCAAAUUCCGUACGGCAUGCGGUAUGUGGCCAAGGUCCUGCAGAGCGCUCUGGCCGAGAAGUUCCCUGACUGCUCUGAGGACGAGAUCUAUAAGGUGGUGGGGAACCUGCUGUACUACCGCUUCCUGAACCCCGCGGUGGUGGCCCCCGACGCCUUCGACAUCGUGGCCCUGAGCGCGGGCGGCGCCCUGGCCCCCUCGCAGCGCCACGCCCUGGGCGCCGUGGCCCAGCUCCUGCAGCACGCGGCCGCGGGCAAGGCCUUCUCGGGGGCCAGCCGGCACCUGCGCGUCCUCAACGGCUACCUGGAGGAGACGCACCUCAAGUUCAGGAGGUUCAUCUGCCGAGCCUGCCAGGUGCCCGAGCCUGAGGAGCGCUUCGCCAUGGACGAGUACUCGGACAUGGUGGCUGUGGCCAAGCCUCUGGUGUACAUCACGGUGGGGGAGCUUGUCCACACGCACAGGCUGCUUCGAGAGCACCAGGACGGGCUCGCCCCUGACCACUGCGACCCCCUGCACGAGCUCCUGGAGGACCUGGGGGAGCCGCCCACCGUCGCAGACCUCGUGGGGGACAACAUACCUGAAGAUGGGAACAUGGACCUGAACCGGCUAGAAGUGUCGCUGAGACUUACCAGCAAGUUUGAGGGGCUGGAGGUGGACGCCGAGGAGCCCAGUGUCCAGGGCCUGCUGCUGAGCACCAAGCAGAUGCUGGUCGCCAUCCUGCAGUUCCAUCCUGGGGACUCCAUCCCUGAGCUCCUGUCCCUCCCGCCUUCCAGUGAGCAGGAAGCGGCCCACCAGCGGUCGAUGUGCCGACAGCAGGCCUGUGAGGCCCGGACCCCCGCGCCCCUGCGCCGGCACCGCUCACUGUCGGCUCAGGCCCUCCUGCCGCUGGCGGAGAAGCAGCGCCGUGUCCUGCGCAACCUGCGCCGGCUCGAGGCCCUGGGGCUGGUCAGUGCCUGCGAUGGCUAUCAGGGCCUGGUGGACGAGCUGGCCAAGGACAUCCGCCAGCAGCGGCGGCACCGACAGCGGCGCAGGGCGGAGCUGGUGAAGCUUCAGGCCACUGUCCAGGGCCUGGACGCCAAGGCCGCCUUCUAUGAGGAGCAGGGUGACUACUACGCCCAGUAUACCCGGGCCUGCCUGGACCACCUGGCCCCCAGCUCCAGGGGUCCCGGCAGAGGGAAGAAGCAGCCAGCGCUCCACUACACGGCCGCCCAGCUCCUGGACAAGGGGGUGCUGGUGGAGAUCGAGGACCUUCCUCAGUCGCAUUUCAAAAAUGUCAUCUUUGACAUCACCGCCGGGGACGAGGCGGGCAAAUUUGAGGUCAACGCCAAGUUCCUGGGUGUGGACAUGGAGCGGUUCCAGCUUCAUUACCAGGACCUGCUCCAGCUCCAGUACGAGGGCGUGGCUGUCAUGAAGCUCUUCAACAAGGCCAAGGUCAACGUCAACCUUCUCAUCUUCCUCCUCAACAAGAAGUUUCUGCGCAAGUGACGGCAGCUGGGUCCUGCCCGCGCCCCUCACUCGCUCCUGGCUGGGUGCGCAUCCUCGCGAGGACGCCCAAAGCCCACCUGGCAGGGCUGCACGCGGUCUGCUCUGGCCAGGCAGGACAGUCUCAGGCUGAAGGAGCUCCUGUGCCUCAUCUGUCCCCGGGCCCCAGGGUAGGCCUGGAGAAGCUGUUGUCAGAGGGUGUCUGCCCUCCUGGGGCCACCUGGAUGCUCCCCACACACCCUGACAGCCCUGCAGCUGGAUCUCCCCCUGCAGGCUCCCCACCCCCGACCCACCGUGUCAGCACAUGCGGAGACCCAGGCGGCUGGGGCGCUGGUUCACGCCUCCCACCUGUCACCCAUUCCUUUUCUCGUGGUCUGCUGUAUAUAUGUGUCACUGGGGUAUUUAUUCUCUCUCCCUCCCCUACGUUCAGGAUCACUGUGCACUCCUAACCAGGGGCUGGAUCCCUCCCUCUGCGCUCUCCCCAGACUCAUGCCCGUCCCCUGGAGAGGCCCCUGGCUGGGGGCCGUUGGUGCCCUGCUCCUGUGUGUGCUGUCCCCGCUGCCCGUCUCCCUUUGUCCUCUCCCUGGACUCGUGCCUGAGCGGUGCCUUGUAGCAAUUUUGGCAGGGGGUGGGGUG